AGUAGCAACUAAAAGUGGAAGUAAAACGUUUUUGGAUUGUAGAACUUGUCCUUGGGUUUUUGGAGGUGAGAUAUCUGUACAACACAUCAACAUCAUGGCAAAUAAUACUACCUUGGAUUUUUCACAUUCUGAGCUAAAUAGAUCUAUAGUGACACCUAAUAUAUCAACCAUUAUUACUGAUUACCAGUUUAAUUCUAGCAUUCAAUCUAUGUAUUCGAAUAAUGAGCAGCAAAACGUUUAUGAAACAAAUGAAAAUA